AUGGAGGGUCUGAGCCGAUCGUCACUCCGAGUUCUCAACAUGGAUAAUCUUCCUCGAUUACUAUCUAGGUAUCCAAACUUAGCCACAUUCGAAACACCCAAGAGAAUGAGCAAUGCCGAUCUCGCAUUGGUGGCCCAAACUGGAGGCCUUCAAACUAUUGAGGAAAUUGAAAUGCAAGACAUCCGCGCACUGGUACGAUAUGAAUUAGAAUUAGCGAUCUCUGUUGAUGAAGUAAGGGAGAUAUUACGGGUGGUUCAUCAAGUUGGGGACGAAGGUUUGUGCGCUUUGGCAAAUGGGUGUCCCAUAUUGUCCGAGAUUGUGCUCAAGAGGAGAAGGGUUGGGAUGGUUGGAAUCAUGGCCAUGAUCACUUCAGCAGCACAUCACUUGACUCAUUUGGAUUUGGAACAUUGUUCUUCGGUUUCGGACCAAGCCCUUGAAGCAAUUGGGUCCUCUGCUUGUCCCAUUCGCGUUUUGAAUUUGAAAGGUUGCUCCAUUACUGGAGCCGGAUUGAGAUUUUUGGCAAAUGGGUGUUGCUCAAAAACCAUCGAGCAAUUGAACCUUGCGUACUGCCCUGGAAUCACUAAUGACGGGGUCUUGCUUUUGUGCAAGAUGCGUGUCUUGGAGGAGCUGGAUUUGUCCUUCGGUAGCGAGCUAACUGAUGUUGGAGGACAGGCAAUCUCUGCAAUUCAAACCCUCAAGAAGUUGAACUUGGCCUGUGUAUUCUCCCUGACAGAAAAAACUAUUGUAGCUCUUGCUAAGAAUUGCAUAAACUUGGAGAUGCUUAAUCUACGUGGUGGUUUAGGGGUCACUGCAGCUGCUAUUGAUGCAUUUUUGGGUCACAAAUGCUUGCAAUCCCUUAAUCUAAUUGGUUGUUUGUUUGAUGAUGUUAGAGGAUCUGCAUUAGAAAGCCUAGCGCUUCAAUGCCCUUCAUUGAAGUCAAUUGUGGUGAAUGAAAAAUGGAGAGAUAGGCUGUUGCAGGAAAUGCAAGAGAGUACUGUUAGCAGAUUCCUGCAAUUCAAGAACUGA